UAUAUUUAAUAUCAUAUGUAUGAUCGCUGUUGUAGACCUGCGUCCAAUUUGAAUCUGGAAUUCCUCGCCAUUGACCAUAUUGUCCACCGCUUUGGGCAUCAUCAUGACUGGUGGAGAUUUCCAGUCAAAAGUGGUCAGAAAGACUAGAGAGUACCUGGGGUACUCUGAAUCUGAUCCAGAGACCAUCACAGUCUCAUCGUAUAUAGGAUCAAAGACGCGAGCGGCGGGUCCAGUCGGACGAGACUACCUCAAAAGCUUGUUUCCAUUCAUACAAUGGGCUCCAAGGUACAACUUCACAUGGCUCUAUGGAGACUUGGUAGCCGGAAUCACCGUCGGCAUGGUCCUUGUGCCACAAUCAUUGUCGUACGCGAAAUUGGCUCUUCUUCAACCUGAAUACGGAUUAUACUCUUCCUUCAUCGGUGUCUUGACCUAUGCUUUCUUUGCGACCUCCAAAGACGUCAGUAUCGGCCCUGUGGCCGUCAUGAGUCUUGAGACGGGAAACAUCAUUGCCAAAGUCCAAGAGAAAUUUGGAGAUUUAUACAGCGCGCCACAGAUCGCAGUCUGUCUGGCAUUUAUUUGUGGCUUCAUCGUCUUAGCUAUUGGAUUGCUGAGGAUCGGUUUCAUCGUUGAAUUCAUUCCUCAACCCGCCGUCUCUGGGUUUAUGACUGGUUCAGCUAUCAAUAUCGCCGCUGGCCAAAUCCCAGCUGUCUUCGGACUGGCAAAGCGUCUCGACACUCGAGCAGCGACGUACAAAGUCAUCAUCAACACGUUGAAGAAUCUGCCACACACUAGCUUGGACGCUGCAUUUGGUCUCACCGCUCUAGCAUUUCUUUACGGUGUCAAAUGGACUCUGACCUACCUCCCCAAACGUUAUCCCAAAUUCGCUCGUCCUGCUUUUUUCCUCAUGGCUCUCCGACAUGCCGUCAUGAUCAUUGUCUUCACCAUUGCCUCCUGGAGGAUCAACGUCCACGAGAAGAAGCCCAGAAUCGCUCUCGUAGGAUAUGUUCCUUCAGGAUUGAGACAUGUCGGACAGCCAUACAUCACUGGCCAGCUCUUGGGUGCUCUUGGUCCUCAUCUGCCAGUCGCCACAAUCAUCCUCUUGCUUGAACACAUUUCCAUUGCCAAGUCUUUUGGCCGACUCAACGGAUACAAAAUCAAUCCUAAUCAGGAGCUCAUUGCUAUCGGGGUCAAUAACACCCUCGGAUCAGUCUUCUCGGCUUACCCUUCCACCGGGUCGUUCUCUCGAUCAGCUCUCAAAGCCAAGUCUGGAGUAAGGACUCCCGCUGCCGGUAUCCCCACCGGUAUUGUCGUCCUCGUCGCCUUGUAUGCCGUCGCUCCAGCUUUCUACUGGAUCCCCAAUGCCGCGUUAUCCGCUCUAAUCAUACAUGCUGUCGCUGAUCUCGUCACGCCUCUCAAACAAUCCAUUGGAUUCUGGCGAGUAUCACCCUUCGAGUACCUCAUCUUUGUCGGUGCCGUCCUCUGGUCAAUCUUCUACUCCAUCGAAGCUGGUAUCUACUGGUCUCUCGCUUCGUCUGCCGCUCUGCUCCUCGUUCGAAUCGCCAGACCAAAAGGUCAUUUCCUCGGACGUGUGCGAGUUCAACCUGAGAACCCCGAACUAGGAACCGUCCGAGAUGUAUUCGUGCCUCUCGACAACGAAGGCGGAAUGACCAACCAAGGUGUCGUUGUCGAGCCACCUCCCCCGGGGAUCAUUAUCUAUCGGUUCGAAGAAUCAUUUCUCUACCCAAAUGCGUCACACAUCAAUGACAGGAUCAUCGAACACGUCAAGGCGACAACACGACACGGCAAGCAUCUUGAUGGCGUGUCCAAAGGAGAUAGACCAUGGAAUGACCCGGCUCCGUCCAAAGCACAGGCUGAGAAGGAUCGACAACUCAACGGCCAAAAGCCUAGAUUACGCGCUGUCAUCUUGGACUUUGCAGCCGUCGCUAAUCUCGAUACCACUGGUGUUCAGAAUUUGAUUGACACGAGGAGAGAAGUCGAAAAAUGGGCGGAUAGAAAGGUUGAAUUCCACUUUACAGGCAUUCUCUCCCCUUGGAUUCGAAGAGCCUUGGUCGCUGGUGGAUUCGGUACUGGGGAAAGUAGCUCUAAACAUAUGAUCGAAGUCGCACCGGUUGUUCCCCGGGAUGACUCAAACUUCCCAACGACCGAGUCUUCCGACAGCCAACAAUCGUCUCCGGCAGAAUCUUUCAAGGACAUUUCCUACUCUCCAGAGCCAAAACCUUCCGCCGAACUCGCCAAGUCAGACAGUGAAGAGACCCCGCGACGGUCUACUGGAGUCUCGUUAUUAGAUCGUGCGACGCCAUUCUUCCACUUUGACCUGGCGGAUGCACUUCAGUCGAUAGAAGCGUAGAUUGUUAGAGAGGAGGUGAGACAAUGAGUUAAUCAGAAGGGUAAAUAUUUGGGCAUAUCAGGUAGACAAUGAUAAGAGGACAGCCGUUCGCAUGUCGCGCGUGACUGUUUAUGAAUGCACAUGAUGAUGACG